AGGACUACGCGAAAAGGAUCAAGAGUUCUAUAGAAAGCAAGGUGAAGAACAAGAGGAGUUCGAGAACGUUAGUGCUGUUGUUCGACCUGCGGCCACAAAGAUGAGAAAGGCGAAAUUGAGAUGGAAAAAAUCCGAACCAUUGGAAACUUCAGCACGUGGUGUCGAAAAAGGAGAGAAUCCUUUCGCAGAGGGAAGUACAGAAAUGGAAGAAGCCGUAACAGAGAAACAAUCACAAGAACGCGUAGCUGAAAUUAUGCGUAGGGCUGGAAUUUUGACUAAAGAGGAUGUAGAUAGGGUCCGAGCAGCCAACGCAUCAAUGACAGAUGUGCAGAUCCUCAUUAUUCGUAUACGAGAACUUGAGCUGGCCAAUCGUAAGGCAAAGUUACAAAUGAAACGGAUGAGAAAAGUGCUAAGAGAGAAAGAAAAGAUCUUAUGUUAG